GCUCUGGGUGAAGGCCUGGAUACGCAGUGUGACGAGCACGGACGGCACGGCCCAGGAGCCCUCGCUGACCCUACAGACUCCGUUGCGUCACAGGCUCUGGGUGAAGGCCUGGAUACGCAGUGUGACGAGCACGGACGACACGGCCCAGGAGCCCUCGCUGACCCUACAGACUCCGUUGCGUCACAGGCUCUGGGUGAAGGCCUGGAUACGCAGUGUGACGAGCACGGACGACACGGCCCAGGAGCCCUCGCUGACCCUACAGACUCCAUUGCGUCACAGGCUCUGGGUGAAGGCCUGGAUACGCAGUGUGACGAGCACGGACGACACGACCCAGGAGCCCUCGCUGACCCUACAGACUCCGUUGCGUCACAGGCUCUGGGUGAAGGCCUGGAUACGCAGUGUGACGAGCACGGACGGCACAGCCCAGGAGCCCUCGCUGACCCUACAGACUCCGUUGCGUCACAGGCUCUGGGUGAAGGCCUGGAUACGCAGUGUGAGGAGCACGGACGACACGGCCCAGGAGCCCUCGCUGACCCUACAGACUCCGUUGCGUCACAGGCUCUGGGUGAAGGCCUGGAUACGCAGUGUGACGAGCAUGGACGACACGACCCAGGAGCCCUCGCUGACCCUACAGACUCCGUUGCGUCACAGGCUCUGGGUGAAGGCCUGGAUACGCAGUGUGACGAGCACGGACGACACGGCCCAGGAGCCCUCGCUGACCCUACAGACUCCGUUGCGUCACAGGCUCUGGGUGAAGGCCUGGAUAUGCAGUGUGACGGAUCACAUGUGGGCUCUGCAGUCUGCAGACCUCGUUACAAGCUGGCCUCUGGAGACUCCUCCCUGUGUAGCCCAGCCCUGCACCCCUGCGUGCGUGCUCACAUACCCCCACCCAUCCUCCCCACCCUCUGGCUGUCUCAGUGGACUCUGGGUGCUCCGACUGGUCAAGGAUCAGGCCCCGCCCCCGCACGCUGAAGGCCCGCCCGCCGGUGCCGAGCGUCCUAGGCCCCGCCCCCGCACGCCGAAGGCCCGCCCGCCGGGCCCUGACGCCCCGCCCCUCCCCGAGGCCCGGCAGGCCCCGCCUCCGCCCUCAGCGCCUCGCCCGGGGCAGCGCCUGCUCCACACUUGGGGGCACGAGGGAACGUUUGGAAACCACCCCACCCGCAUGCAUGACUCCGACAGCCGUACUGAGCCGUCGUCGGCCGGGCUGCCCCACCGACUGGAGCCCGUGGAGCAUCAGUCACUUUUCUCAGCUCCCACGGACGCCUGGACCCGGAGACCCAGAGCAGCCAAUCCCCGCGGGGUGGGCGUGACCUUCCGCAGGGGCGGGAAGAUCGGCUCCCCCACCCGCAGCCCACAUCCCAACUGGGUUCUGUCCGUUCACCGCGCCCUUCCUGAGGAGCCGCAGGUGCUCAGAGACGGCGCCAGCGGGUGGGCAGCGCGGGAGAGCCGAGGGGACGCUAACAGGACACGGGGUGCUUCUGCCAUGCUUCAGACCCUUAUAAGGCUUCAUAAGCUGUCCGGCCGAGACCUUCAAAUGCCAGCCUGCGAGACCCCAGAUCUCACCCCGAGAGGCUCCAAAUCCCGCCAGCUUGAGGGACCUCCAAACUCCCUCAGCACUAGAGACCCCAAACCCCCUUACCGCGCUGUGGCCUUGGGCUGGGACACUCCGGGCUGGGCCGGGGGCGGUGCUGGUACCAUGAGCCCCGCCAGGGCAGCCAAGAAGAACCCUAGGGGAGAUGUGGGGAGCGCUGGGAGGACGCCCACGGCCAAGGACACUUUCAGAGACAUUUCCAUUUACUUCUCCAAGGAAGAGUGGGCGGAGAUGGGAGAGUGGGAGAAAUUCCGCUACAGGAAUGUGAAAAGGAACUAUGAGGCGCUGGUCACUAUAGGUCUUAGAGCCCCUCGCCCAGCUUUCAUGUGUCACCGCAGGCAGGCCAUCAAAGCCCAGGUGGAUAACACUGAGGAUUCUGAUGAGGAAUGGACACCUAGGCAGCAAGUCAAACCUCCUUCGGUGGCCUCCCGGGCGGAGCAGAGUAGACACCAGAAGGGAACGCCCAAGGCGCUGCUAGGUAAUGAAUCUAGUUUGAAGGAAGUGUCAGGAACAGCAAUUUUGCUGAACACAACUGGCUCAGAGCAGGCCCAGAAGCCGGUGUCGUCUCCUGGAGAAGCAAGUACCUCUGAUCAGCCCUCGAGGUGGAAACUGGAGCCCAGGAGAAAUGAGGUUGAGGUGAAGAUGUACAACCUGCGAGAAAGAAAGGGCCUCGAGUACCAGGAGGUCAGUGAGCCCCAGGAUGACGACUACCUUUAUUGUGAGAAGUGCCAGAACUUCUUCAUUGACACCUGUGCAGUUCAUGGGGCCCCAAUGUUUGUAAAGGACAGCCCUGUAGACAGGGGGCACCCCAAUCACUCAGCCCUCACUCUGCCCCCUGGGCUGAGAAUUGGACCAUCCAGCAUCCCCAAGGCUGGGCUCGGAGUAUGGAACGAGGCGUCCGAGCUGCCACUGGGCCUUCAUUUUGGACCCUAUGAGGGCCAGGUGACAGAAGACAAGGAGGCAGCCAACAGCGGCUACUCCUGGCUGAUCACCAAGGGGAAGAACUGCUAUGAGUAUGUGGAUGGAAAGGACGAGUCUUGGGCCAACUGGAUGAGGUAUGUGAACUGCGCCCGGGACGAGGAGGAGCAGAACCUGGUGGCCUUUCAGUACCACAGGCAGAUCUUCUACCGGACCUGCCGCACCAUCCAGCCUGACUGUGAACUGCUGGUCUGGUAUGGGGACGAGUACGGCCAGGAGCUGGGCAUCAAGUGGGGCAGCAGGUGGAAGAAGGAGCUCACUUCAGGGACAGAACCAAAGCCAGAGAUCCACCCAUGUCCCUCCUGCCGUCUGGCCUUCUCCAGUCAGAAAUUCCUCAGCCAACACAUGAAGCACAGCCACCCCUCUCCGCCCUUCCCAGGAACACCUGAGAGAAAAUACCUCCAACCAGAGGACCCCCGGCCAGGGGGUCGGAGGCAGCAGCGUUCUGAGCAACACAUGUGGAGUGACAAAGCAGAAGACCCAGAGGCUGGAGAUGGGUCCAGACUGGUGUUUGAAAGGACAAGGCGGGGGUGUAUUUCAAAGGCCUGCUCCAGCCUACCCAAAGGACAAAUAGGGAGCUCUAGGGAGGGUAACAGAAUGAUGGAGACAAAGCCCAGCCCAGGCCAGAAAGCGAAUCCUGAGGACGCAGAGAAAUUAUUCCUGGGGGUAGGAACCUCAAGAAUUGCAAAAGUCAGGUGUGGAGAGUGUGGACAAGGCUUUAGCCAGAAGUCAGUCCUCAUCAGGCACCAGAAGACACACUCGGGGGAGAAGCCCUAUGUCUGCGGGGAGUGUGGGCGAGGCUUUAGUGUAAAGUCAGUCCUCAUCAAACACCAGAGGACACACUCGGGGGAGAAGCCCUAUGUCUGCGGGGAGUGUGGGCGAGGCUUUAGUGUAAAGUCAGUCCUCAUCACACACCAGAGGACACACUCGGGGGAGAAGCCCUAUGUCUGCGGGGAGUGUGGGCGAGGCUUUAGUGUAAAGUCAGUCCUCAUCACACACCAGAGGACACACUCGGGGGAGAAGCCCUAUGUCUGCGGGGAGUGUGGGCGAGGCUUUAGCCAGAAGUCAGAUCUCAUCAAACACCAGAGGACACACUCAGGGGAGAAGCCCUACAGCUGCAGGGAGUGUGGGCGAGGCUUUAGCCGGAAGUCAGUCCUCAUCACACACCAGAGGACACACUCAGGGGAGAAGCCCUAUGUCUGCGGGGAGUGUGGGCGAGGCUUUAGCCAGAAGUCAAACCUCAUCACACACCAGAGGACACACUCAGGGGAGAAGCCCUAUGUCUGCGGGGAGUGUGGGCGAGGCUUUAGCCGGAAGUCAGUCCUCAUCACACACCAGAGGACACACUCAGGGGAGAAGCCCUAUGUCUGCGGGGAGUGUGGGCGAGGCUUUAGCCAGAAGUCAAACCUCAUCACACACCAGAGGACACACUCAGGGGAGAAGCCCUAUGUCUGCGGUGAGUGUGGGCGAGGCUUUAGCCAGAAGUCAGAUCUCAUCACACACCAGAGGACACACUCAGGGGAGAAGCCCUACGUCUGCAGGGAGUGUGGGCGAGGCUUUAGCCGGAAGUCAAACCUCAUCACACACCAGAGGACACACUCAGGGGAGAAGCCCUAUGUCUGCCGGGAGUGUAGGCGAGGCUUUAGUGUAAAGUCAGCCCUCAUUGGACAUGGGAGAAGGAAAUGCAGCAAGUCUGCUGAACCUUUACACUUCCCAAGAGUGUCAAGAGACCAGAAAUAACUGAGUAAACAGAUUCUCUGCUGUCGUGUAAACGAAUGAGGUAGAAAAGCCCAGAGGGUCCCUGAAGUGGUCAGGGUGGUGUUGACUGUGGUUUUCCUUCCCAACCAAUGGUCUCCCUUAGUGUUUAGGCCUCUUGUAAUAAAUGUUGCCUCCACAUAUAGUUGUAGCCUCACCAGAAGGCAUAGAGAGCUCACACUCUCGGCCUGGGAUUCCACAGCAGUUUGGCCCCUGACAAGCUGAGGCCUAGAGCCUAGUUAAAUGAUGGAAGAAUCUAACCUGGGCCCGGGGAGAGAGGCUGGGAUGGUCUGUCAGUUGGCAAAGGGAGCCCCCUGCGCUCCUGCGAGGUGUGACCUCUUCUCCUAAUGGCCACUCCCUCCUGGACCACCUGGAAGCAUAGCUCUCCAGUUCUCCUCAGGGCUCAGCGCCCCCCAGGACCCCAGAACCACACUUCUCCCAGAACACCAACCCCAUGCCCGUCCCCUUGGCUGUCCCCCACCCACCCUCUCCUCAGAGCCUUGUAACCCUUGGCCCUGCCCA